GUAUCCACUAUGUGGGGCAGAUGCAGGAAGACUCCAUCACCCGCUUCCUGGUGGACCAGCUGACAGAGGGGCAGCUGGAGUGGGCUCAGCUGCCGGACGUCUACGACGCCGUGAUUUUGGGGGAACCUGGCCGCAGCAGGACGUAUCGCAUCUAUUCGGGGAAGGAGGAAUAUUUCCAAGGCUUGAGGGAGCAGUUUCCCGGCGAGGAAGCUGCUAUCAAUGAGUUCCAGCGGCUGAUGAAGAGCGCCGGCAGAGGAAUGGUGUUUGUGGGCCUCUUGAGGAUGAUGCCCCGGACGCUGGCCGCGCUCCUGUGCCGCUCGGGGCUGCUGCCCUGGCUCAACUCCUUCUGCUGGCUGGCGACACGCAGCCUGAAGGACGUGGUGGAUAGCCUCACCACCAACCCCGAGCUCAGGGCCGUCUUCAGCUACAUCUUCGUCACCUACGGCGUGGUCCCCUCCAAGACCAGCUUCUCCAUGCACAGCCUCCUGGUGAACCACUUCCUCAACGGCGCGUGGUACCCCAAAGGGGGGGCUGGGGAAAUCGCCUUCCACAUCAUUCCUGUUAUCCGGAAAGCCGGAGGCAACGUGUUGGGGAAGGCGCCGGUGCAGAAGAUCCUGUUGGACGCCCAGGGCAGAGCCUGUGGCGUGAGUGUCCAGAAAGGCCAAGAUUUGGUCAACGUCUUCGCUCCCCUUAUCAUUUCGGAUGCCGGGAUCUUCAACACCUACGAACGGCUCCUGCCGGCGGAGGCGCAGGCAUUGCCCG